UGCCUCUGUGUGUGUACGUGUGUAUAUAUAGUUCUACCUUAACUACCUGUAAAGUCACUGACUACUACGUUCACAUCAAAUCCUGAACUCACUUUUCUCCUGGAGACAGAAGCGAGCCUCCCCAGUCUCGCUGGGCCCUGCCUUCCUGGGACUACCACCGGCUCCCAGGGUUCUUGUCAGCACCAGCUUCGCUGGCUGAAAAUGAAAACUGAAAAAGGAGAUUAAAGUGUGAGAAAACAUUCUAUUAAGUAUUUGUACAACCUGGUACAAAAAUGAUUUCCCCAAAAGAUUUCCUGAGAAAAAACCUGAAGUUGAUUCAUGGCUAUCCCAUGACCUACGCUUUUACAAACAACUGGGAAAGGAUUGAACAGUUCCACAGCAGACCAGAUGACAUUGUGAUAGCCACUUACCCCAAAUCAGGAACCACUUGGGUUAGUGAAAUUGUGGACAUGGUUCUAAAUAAUGGAGAUGUUGAAAAAUGUAAGCGGGAUUUUAUAACAGUUAAAGUUCCAAUGUUGGAAAUGGCAGUCCCUGGACUAAGAACUUCAGGAAUAGAACAAUUAGAGAAGAAUCCAUCACCGCGGCUUGUGAAGACGCAUCUACCAAUUGAUCUCCUUCCUAAGUCUUUCUGGGAGAACAACUGCAAGAUGAUUUAUCUGGCUCGAAAUGCCAAGGAUGUUGCUGUCUCAUAUUACCAUUUUGACUUAAUGAAUAAUUUGGAACCUGUCCCUGGUCCCUGGGAAGAAUAUCUGGAGAGAUUCAUGACUGGAAAUGUGGCUUAUGGUUCCUGGUUUAAUCAUGUUAAGAGCUGGUGGAAGAAAAAGGAAGAACACCCAAUACUUUUCUUGUACUAUGAAGAUAUGAAAGAGGAUCCGAAGCGGGAAGUCAAGAAGAUUGUUAGAUUUCUAGAGAAGAAUUUGAAUGAUGAGGAAUUAAAUAAGAUUAUCCAUCACACCUCAUUUGAAAUGAUGAAGGAUAACCCUCUGGUGAAUUAUACACAUCUACCAAGUACAAUGAUGGAUCAUAGCAAAUCCUCAUUUAUGCGUAAAGGGAUAGCAGGUGACUGGAAGAAUUACUUCACAGUGGCCCAAAACGAGAAAUUUGAUGUCAUUUACAAGAAAGAAAUGUCUGGAACCGAGCUUCAGUUCCGCACAGAGAUUUAAAGAGCCUGAGAGACCAAUCUGAAGAAGAACAGAGCUGUAAUUUGUUAAAAUGGGGGUAGUUAUGACCUGACUUGGGGGAGUCAAAUGGAUUUAUAAAGGAGAAAAUGUGCUUUUAAAAUGGAUUUCUGUGCAUGUCAUCAGUCAGGUCUCAGUUUUUCUCCUGACUCUGAGCUUCCAAAUUCCCUAAAUUUAGGGCCAGUGGUUAGUUUUUUGUAGCAUAUUUCUGCCUUUUCCUAGACUAGUAUGGACAACAGAGAAAGUACUUAUCCUACUCAACCUUUUGUGUGUUAUGGCUUAGAACGAAGUUCCCCUCCCUAGUAACAUGGUCCAAGAAGUGCUGUUUGCACGCUGACACUACAUUGCCUAGCUCUGCCCCAAUUCCCUUUGCUGAAAACUUGACCCAGGACGCUCUGUUCCGCUGCUGUCCUCUGGGUCUCAAGUUGUUCCCUGAGUCAUAGCUUUUCUUCUUGCAGUGCCACUAUUUGGAUAAUGCAGCUCAUAUCCCAGAUGAUGGAGUUCAAAUUUUGGAAAUGUCAUUCCUAUACCUAAUGUCUAAGCAUCCAAAUUUUUAAUUGCUGAGUAUCUAAUUCCUGGGUCUCCACAGGAGAAAGGUCUACCUACGUUGGUCUCCCUAAGGCUCUCCCUUGGGAACUGCAGCUCUGCUCUGAGAACCUGGACUGAGACCACAACUUGCUUUCUGUGGAGAGUCCUCUGAUCUCAACAGCCUUUUCCAAAAUUCUGAGAAUUACCUAUUGCCCUGGUCUCAUCCACAUUCAGAAACUUCAAUUACUUAAUUUCGUGAAUUUUUUUGGUGGAAUUUCCCAAACUGGUGCCUAAGGGAGAAUGUCUGGGCUGAAUCUCCACUAUGCCUUCCAGACUCCAUAUCCCUUCUGUGUACCAUCCCACACAUAUGCCUAUCAAUUUGGACUCCUUGAUAAAUGCUUCCUUGGAACAUUUGUUUCUCAGCUCCAACUUUGCCUUGGAUGUAGUUAUCUAUAUCUUCAUGUGCAGCAAGAUCUUUUGCCUGCAGAUAUUAUCAGCAUGUGCCAAGUUGUAUGCCACAGCCAAGCUCCCAAACUCAAGCUUGGUUCAAGUGCCCUGAGCCUUACUUGUUCUGCAAAAUAUUUCUGACACAUAAUAGACACCCUGAGCUAUAACUGAGAGAGCUACAAUAAUUUGGGUGACAGUAUUUUGCCUUCACAGGUGAAUCUGCAGCUGGAAUAGCACCCCAAACAUGUAGCAUAUAUCUUCUCUCUUCACUAGCCCCAGCAGGGGAUUGAUCUAAUGCCAACUGCAAACCUCUUGGGAGUGAAUGAUUUUGGAGAUAGUUUUGAUAGGUUUAUUAUAAUAUAUAUUAUAAAUUAUUUUAGAGUAUGAAAUUUGUUUGUAUGUUCCUUAGAAAUAUGGUUAGUAGUGGUUAAUCUUGAAUAACUAAGGAUAUUGUGAACUAGUUCCAGUUUUCUAGAAUACUCUUGACAACAAGGAAGUAAAGCCAAUCACGGAUCUAUUUGCUUUACUAAUUGAUUAAUAGGUUAAUGUGAUACAUACAUUUGAUUAUAUGGUUUAUUUUUGAAAAAAAAAAGGUGUUUCUCUGAACUAUCUUUAAUCUAGAUAAUAGAUUGGCUACACUAACUGCCUUCACUAGUACGAUAGGGUAAUUUCUAUUUUCACUAGUUUUCAUUGUGGAAAUAGUUUUUGUAACUGGACUUUAUUCAAAAAGUUUGAGUAAGCUUUAACUAUGCCCCAGGUAUUUUUGUGGACACUGGAAAUAAA